AUCAGCCUGCGCGGCGGCCGCUCCAGCAGCCGCCGCCGCCACCACCGCCACCACAGCCGGGAGCUCGAUGGGCUUCUCUUGCGCGCCGCCCUGUGUCUGGCCGGGUCCAGGGAGCCGCGGCGCCUCGUGCCGGGGAGCCAUCGCUGCAGCCCGAGGCCGGAUCGCGGGUCGGGGGCUGCAGGGGGAGCGACGGCGGCGGCGGCAGCCAAGCCCCACCGGGGGCCUGGGACUGGGGAACUGCCUCCAGCUUCACGAUGCCAGUAUGGACAGAAUAGCUUAUGAUGCUUAUCCCCGCCCACCACUUCCGAGACAUUGAGCGGAAGCCAGAAUACCUCCAGCCAGAGAAGUGCGUCCCACCUCCCCACCCCAGUCCUGUGGGAACCAUGUGGUUUAUCCGUGAUGGCUGUGGCAUCGCCUGUGCCGUUGUCACCUGGUUUCUGGUCCUCUAUGCGGAGUUUGUGGUCCUCUUUGUCAUGCUGAUUCCAUCCCGAGACUACGUGUACAGCAUCAUCAAUGGAAUUAUGUUCAACCUGCUGGCCUUCUUGGCCCUGGCUUCCCACUGCCGGGCCAUGUUGACGGACCCCGGGGCAGUGCCCAAAGGAAAUGCCACUAAAGAAUUCAUCGAGAGUUUACAGCUGAAGCCUGGGCAGGUGGUGUACAAGUGUCCCAAAUGCUGCAGCAUCAAGCCUGACCGAGCCCACCACUGCAGUGUUUGUAAGCGGUGCAUUCGGAAGAUGGACCACCACUGUCCCUGGGUCAAUAACUGUGUUGGCGAGAACAACCAGAAGUACUUCGUCCUGUUUACAAUGUACAUAGCUCUCAUUUCCUUGCACGCCCUCAUCAUGGUGGGAUUCCACUUCCUGCAUUGCUUUGAAGAAGAUUGGACAAAGUGCAGCUCCUUCUCGCCACCCACCACAGUGAUCCUCCUCAUCCUCCUGUGCUUCGAGGGGCUGCUCUUCCUCAUUUUCACAUCAGUCAUGUUUGGGACCCAGGUGCACUCCAUCUGCACGGAUGAGACGGGAAUAGAACAAUUGAAAAAGGAAGAGAGAAGAUGGGCUAAAAAAACAAAAUGGAUGAACAUGAAAGCCGUUUUUGGCCACCCCUUUUCUCUAGGCUGGGCCAGCCCCUUUGCCACGCCAGACCAAGGGAAGGCAGACCCGUACCAGUAUGUGGUCUGAAGGACCCCUGACCAGCAUUGCCACUCAGACACAAACCACAUCCCAGCACUACCAUCCAAUCCGUUCUCAUGAACGUUUAAACCGAAAAAGCAAAACAACUACUAUAAAACAUUUUUUUUAAUGUCUCAAGUAAAAUGGCUGAACAUUGCAGAGAAAAAAAAAGGUCCCCAUGUUUUAUUUUUAAAAGAUCAUCCUUUCUAUUUUUUUGGUGACCGAAGCUGCUUUUCUUUUUUCCUUUUUAAAAUCACUUCUCUGAUCUCUGGUUUCCUCUCUGCUGUCUGUCUGGCAUGACUAAUGUGGAGGGCGCUGUCUCCAGGCCAUGCCCCCUUGUACUAACUGAGUCGUGACACUUGUGCGUGGAUGGACCGGCCCGGACACCUGUUUGGGACGCAUAGGAGAGCCAGGAGGGCCCAUGACCUCCCACUGCCCAGGAGGCGGUGGCGAGCGCCCAAAUGGGAGUUAAAACCUCACCGAAGAUGGAUGCUUACUCCUUGUGACCUGAGAGGGCCAGGAUCAGGGAUGGAGCCCUUAAAAGGGUCCUUGACACAGUGGCCUCAUCCCCCAUGUGAACACGAUUCACCUCCUAAUUCACAAAAUCAGUUUCCUACCUUGUACGUUAUGGGCUCUGGGUGUGUAGAAUGACUUGUGGGGUGGGGGAUGGAGAUGAAAGGGGUCUUAUUUGUAUUCUGAGUCACCAGUUAUACUCCAACUCUGAUUAUUUGGAAGAACGUGAGGAAGUUUUUCCGGUUCAGAAUGCCUUUAUACAAUCAAAGGAAGAAGAAAAUGACCCAGCUUCAGGCGAGCUGCGUUUCCCUCAUUAACGUUUGCGUCUUCUCUGACCUCCCCACCUCCCUCCCUCUCCUAGCGAGGUGUCGGUUAAGCAGUAUUACUGCCAAGUGAAACAGCCUCAGCUCCACCGUCAACCCCUUCUUCCUCAUUUUGUAAAUCCCUGCAGUGGGUUUACUUUGUGACAUUUUAGGCCCAUAAAUGUGCACAUACCCAUGUCUUGUCUGUAUUUUAACCUGGGAGACCAUUAUCCUGCGUGGGCUGACCGUGAUGCAAAGACACCAUUACAGCCAAACAUUUUAAAGUUGAGAGAUGGCCAUCCAUCCACUGGAAUCGGCAGACACACCUAAGCCUGUGGCGCCGAAACUGACUAGUUUUUCCAUUUGCAUACUUGGGUGGUGAGUCUCAUUUGAAGGAGGAAGGGCCUGAAGACAGUGGCAGGAGGUGAGGGGACAGGGAGUACGCAUCAGAUGCAGAGGUCGCAAAUCCGAAUACCAUCUCAACAUGGAUUUGUUUUUUUAAGCGAUCACCACAAACCUUUUUUUAUCUUUUGCUUGGGGUGGGUUUGGGGUGAGGUUUAUUAAAUCAGCCCUGGGUGAGGAGAGACUUCAUCUAGCUAUGUGAUCUUUCAGAAAAGUAAGUGGAACAUGCUGCCUCUUUUCAAUUCUGUCAGUGCUUCCACGUGGAAACAAAACGCAAUAAAAUUUUUCCAAAACCU